CGGUCCAUCACGACCCCCAAGUCUGUUUCAGCCGUGGUGCUAGGGAGCGUAGCACUGCCGAGCCUAUAAGCGUGAUGCGGGUUACCCCUCACCGAGGUGGAGUACCCUGCGUUUUGCCGUAUUGAUGCUUGCCGGUAGCGGGGCCACAUACAGUUCUUGAAUGACUCACGGAUUUGGAAUGGAUUUGGCUGACCUGACUUGACCUGAGACGUGAAAACUUUUCCAUUAAAAAAAAAGCAGCAAACCCCCCAGGAGCAGCUAAUGGCAGCAGGGCAGAUGACAGGGGAGCACGGCUGGCCCGUGGAUUACUGGGGCCAGAAAAGCAGGAAGUCCAGAUGAAGCGACAUAAGAAAAAAAAGCCAUUGCUAUAUACUGGUCAGAGUCUGCACGGAGGCCCGUGCACAGACGAGAGGCGGUAGCCCCGGCGAGGGCAGAGCCUGGCAGGGAGCGGAGGAAGUCCCGGGCGGGGCGGGGCGGCGGCAGUUCCGGGCGGCGAUGGAGCGGGCGCUGCUGGGCCUGGCCCACGGCUCCACGCUGGUGCUGUGCGCCCUGCUCAACUUCCUUGUGUUUCUGAGAUACCAGAUUUACUAUGGCUACCCCCUGCUGACUUACCUGGAGUACCCCAUCCUCGUUGCACAAGAUGUCAUUCUCUUGUUGUGUGUUCUGCAUUACAGUGGAAAGAUGGAGCAUGUUUUGCCUUACAUUGCCAUAUUUGUAGGGGGAUGGUACCUUCUAACGCUGCAGAAGUGGAUAAUAGACUUGGCAAUGAAUUUGUGCACAUUAAUCAGUGCAGCCAGUAAACUUGCUCAGCUGCGUUGCCUGUGGCAGACAAGAGAUUCUGGACAAGUGAGUGCCCUAACCUGGAGUAUGUCUGCAUUCACCUGUGCAACAAGAAUAUUUACAACUGUAAUGACCACAAAUGAUCUUAUGGUUCUUGUCCGUUUUGUGAUUAUGCUGGUUCUCAACAUAUGGGUCACAACUACAAUACUCCGCUACAGGAAGACUGAAAAGACAGAUUAGAAGACCAGUUCUCCACAGCGUAUGGCACGUGUGCUAACAAACCCCACAGUGAAAUCUGAACAGCGGACCACAGUUCCAGGCAGUCUUCUUCCUCCAAGCUUGUCUCGUAUAUCCCUAAAGAUAUUGAACGCAACUUGGCUAGGUUUUUAUUACCAGUAAUACUAAUAGUAAAAUACACUUCAGUUGAGCAGUAUGUUUUUAUUGGUCAUUUGCAGCAAGUUUUACUUACCGUAUUUGGGAUUUUUUAAUUGAUAUUUUAUACAUUCAUAUAUCUAUUUUUGUAACUCCACAAUACUUUUUACUGAUUAAAAUAACACUUUUCAGUUUCCUUUCUAUGUGCAGAGUGGAAUUGUGUCCACACAGUUCAUCCUCUUUCUGCAUCUCAUGAGUAGUGGCCCUGACAGCAGACUUUUCUCCUUACAUUGGUAGACCUCUCUCAUGAUCUUACCCCUCUCUCUAUGAUCAGUAGUAAUUAGAGGUUAGCCAUGUGCACAAGGUAAACAAAUAGAGGCAGACGGCAGUGUCCUUACACUGCAUUGGUUUGUAUAGCUGACACCUGAAGCAGAAGCAGUAUAGCUGCAUUUGCAUAGCAUACAGCACUAUGGUUCAGCAUUCAGGAUUGAAGCACCUGUGAGUAUUUCAAAUGCACACUUUAUCCAAUUAAGAAGUCUAGAUCAACCCACACAACACCUGCAGAUAUCACUCAUUUCAAGUUAGUCAUUUUUAUUUAGACAAAGAGUACAUUUCAUUCUUUUAUUGGCUUUCCAAGCCUACAACUGUAACCCCCCACUUGCUGACUGGUGCUUUUCCCCCUCUAAUGCUGGUUAAAACAUUUGUAGAGGCUGACAAGCAUGCUACAGCUUUGACUUGGCUGAGAUCAAUAGUAGAGACUCAUGUUUUAAGAUCCACAAGUUCUAAAUUUGAUCUUUGCUGCUGAUGACUCACCUCAUUCAGAGUGUAACAUGACUUGCGUAUGUCAGCUCUGCUGUACUGAAUUAUUCUAUAAGCCUCACUGUAUUGUGGGAUGUGAAAACUGCACUUGAAUUUUACUUCAGACAUUCCAAUUAUAACUUGGGUUUGUGGUGAAACAAAACAUCAGGUUUAUUAAAAACAAAAAAUGUAUUUUAAAUAAUGGCAUUGGCUUAUGACUGUUGGAAAUACUAUGUAUGCUUUUUUUAACUGGCAAUUGUUAUAUAUUACUCUUAUAUAUAAAGCUUACUUUAUUUUUCCACCAUGUUCUUCUUGUGGAAAACAGUGCCUUCCCUAAAAAGUUUUCACUGUAAACCUAUCUUAUUAAACUGCCAGUAGUGAAAUCUUGGCCCCACUAAAGAGGCCUCUCUCCCCUGCUUUAUUUCAGUAGGGCCAUGAUUAUGUCCCAGUAUGUCAAAUCACAGUACCAUACAGCAACUGGUUCUGCAGAUGUGGACCCUUUUAAGUAUAAUCCCAUUGACUUAGUUCUGUGCAGAGCUGAGGAUUUUGCUUGUUCAUGCCAGACUGCAGGAUCAGGGCCUUAAUACCAGAAAGCAUAGAUGAGUUUAAGUAGCCUCCACCAACCUUACAAAAGUGGCAUUCCAAUACACCUCCAUGUAUUUUGAAGUAAACAUUACUUGAUAUUAACUUAAUGGAGCACAAUACAGAUUUGUUUAGUUUUAAUAGUCUAUAUAGACAUUCAAGAUGUCUAAAUGUUGGCUAUGUCAAAAGUAACUGAAAAAAGUGUAUUUAAUUUUAUACUUCUAGGUUCAAGCUGUGUAAAACACUGUAAAUAUCUAAAUUUGGUGGCAUAUGAGUGGUCUUUUUUAGACAUUUAUAUCAAUAUUGAUAAUAAAAGAGUCUUAUUCAUGUAAUGCAAAAUAAACAAGUUGCUUUUUUUUUUUUUUUUUUUUUUUUUAAGGAUGAAGCUCUUGAUACUGUAACUUACAUGCUGAGUGAAAAUUAAACAUUAAUUCCAAAUUGCAGUUACCUUUAUCCCUGGCAUCUGAAGUGCCAUAUAGUAUCUUCACUGAAGCAGUUAGAGAACUACAAUCAGAUAUCUUAAAGAAAACAUAUGCAAUUCUUGUUGUUGCUUAUUUUUAAACUUAUGCUUACCUUCAAUGACAAAUUAACAUUGUGAGGAAAGGAUAACUUUACAGAUUCCAUACUCCCAUCUCUUCUACACAUCUUCCAUGCUUACAAGUGUCUUUGAUACAGUCAGGAAAGACCAAACUUGGUAUAUUUGAUAUUAUCAAUUUAAAAAACAACAACCAACCUAUUCUCCGAUAUGUAAAAUUUCAUUUUCUUCUCCAGUGUGGUUAAGAACAUUUAUAGACAAAUGAGUGGUGAAGCACUCUUGUUCAUUCUUUCAUUCAGAACUAUCACUAUAGAGACAGCCCCAGUGUUUACUAAGCAACAGGCCAGAUAACAAAACAGAGGCGGUGGUUCAAAAUCACUCCAAUAUUUGGAGGACAGCAAGCAACUUUAUGUAUUGGGUAUGAAAUAAUACACUCAUGUAAUGGAAAUGUGAAAGCUGGAUUCACAUUCGUUAUCCAAUUCAGCUUUUUUGGCCUGUCUGUUCUAUUGGUAGGCUGUGCAUUGGGGUUCAACUGGGUCUUCUUGAAGCAUGAGCAUUUCAUUUUCUAAACUAAAAGUGCUGUUAACAGUCUGAAUUCCAGGCCAACCUAUUUAAAUAUGGGCAUGUUACAAAAUACUUGUCCAUCAGAGCUGAGCAAAGCUUCGGUCCCCGAUUCGAUUUGGUGGAGAUUCGGCCCAAUUCAGUGGCCAAAUCUCCACAUCUGAAUCAAAUGAGAGGACCUCUUAAUCUCUCCGAAUCGAAUUGGAACCCUCCAAAUCAAUUUGCAGAGAUUCAGUGAUUUGGACAUCGACACAGCUUUAAACGUUUUUUCUACGUA